AUAAUGCUGAAGGAUGCAAAAUUGAGUGGCCUUUGCUAUCAGAAAGAAUGACAGUGAGUAUGUGGUGGAGCUGAAGUGAGCUCUUACCACUUUGGAGAAGACAAGCUAUGAAAAUGGCGUUGCAAACUCAAUUCCUGUCUUCUUCUAACUUCAACUUCAACUUCAACUUCAACUUCAACUUCACCAGUAAUGUUCAACACACCCACCUCCUUAUCCGAUCCGAGAAGGCUUCUGAUUCUGCUCCACAGAAACCAGGGGUAGGAUUUGGCCAAACGAAACAGAAAGACAAGGGUCGAAGGAGAGACAUCAUUCGGCGGAGCCCAGUUGAAAAGCCUGCACUCUUUGAUUCCUCCGAACAAAAACAGCAACAAACAGUGGAGCAGAGCAAAACUGAAACCGCUUUCCUUCUUGCUUGGCUCGGUUUUGGCGCCGUCAUUCUUGUUGAGGGCAUUGCUCUUGCCGCAUCCGGGUUCCUGCCAGAAGAGUGGGACAAGAUCUUUGUCAAGUAUGUUUAUCCAUCGUUUACUCCUACUGUUUUAUUCUUCUUUGCCGGAGCUGUUGUCUAUGGAGUCUUGAAAUAUUUGCAGAAUGACAAUAUCACACAGCAAAAAUAGUGUCUUGUGUGUUAGACACAGGUAUUCAAUUCAUAUAAUAUUCACAACAUCUAUCAGUUAUUGACUGAGACUGCAAUCAUAUACUCUGGCUUCUAUAUGUCAAAGUGAAUGAAAGAUGACAACAAGGCUAUGUGAAAAAUGAAAACUCAAUAAGGGCCAAUUCUGUUGAAUCCUUAUCCUUAGCAAGAAUCCAACAUGCCAUGUCAUCUUAUGCCCAAGUAACUCAGGUUUUUUAAAAGGGCUUCAUAUUCCAUGUUGUAAUUUGAUCACUUCUUGUAUUUAGCUAUGAAAUGAAACUCUGUAUCUUAACUUGGUUCUAUUUCUAUUGAAACUGAAUUCAUUGAUUUCAAAUCAGUACAGAGUUAUACA